GGUUUCGGCUAUCCCAUGUGCGCCCCACGACUGGUGCUACUGCAGGCGUUCUUCCUGAUGGUGCCUGAGAACGCCCGGGCUCAGCCUUCUUCCUCUCCAUCAGGGGCAGUACUCACCCCUUCGGACCUGGGGCCAAGUACACUGGGCGGGACCCUUCAGUCCUCCGAGGGCACUGAACCGCCCCGGGCCUUGCUUGGGAUCUCUACGGUGGGCCCUACUGCCGUGACCCCUUCGGCGCCUGAGAAUAGGACAAUGGACCUCUUCCCAGUCUUGCCAAUCUGUGUCUGUGACUUGACUCCUGGUGCCUGUGAUAUAAAUUGCUGCUGCGACAGGGACUGCUAUCUUCUCCAUCCAAAGACAGUUUUCUCCUUCUGCCUUCCUGGGAGCGUAAGGUCUUCAAGCUGGGUGUGUGUGGAUAACUCCCUUAUCUUCAGGAGUAAUUCUCCGUUUCCUACAAGAGUUUUCAUGGAUUCAAAUGGAAUUAGGCAGUUUUGUGUCCAUGUGAACAACUCAGAAUUAAACUAUUUCCAGAAGCUCCAAAAAGUUGAUACAACCAACUUUCAGGCCCUGGCUGCAGAGUUUGGUGGCAAUCAUUUUAUUUCAACCUUCCAAACCCAGUCGCCACCACUUUUUUACAGGGCUGGGGACCCCAUUCUGACUUACUUCUCUGAGUGGUCUGUAGUAAGCCUGCUGAGACAGCCUGCAGGAGUUGGAGCUGGAGGACUCUGUGCUGAAAGCAAUCCUGCAGGUUUUCUAGAGAGUAAAAGUACCACUUGCACUCGUUUCUUUAAGAACCUGGCAAGUAGCUGUAUCUUGGAUCCAGCCCUAGAUGCUGCCUCUUACUAUAACUUCACAGUCUUGAAGGUUCCAAGAGGUAUGACUGACCUGCACAAUAUGAAGGUUUGAUUUGUAUCUUUUCCUUGUUCUUUCCAGGUGCCUGUAACACUUGUCUCACAGGCUAGUUCUCCUCUGUUGGCUGGAAACACUUGUCAGAAUGUUGUUUCCCAGGUGAUGUAUGAGAUAGAGACGAAUGGGACUUUUGGAAUCCAGAGAGUCUCUGUCAGUUUUGAACAAACCAACCUGAUUAUCGAGCCAGAUGCUUCCUUACAGCAACACUUCAUCAUUCGCUUCAGGUCUCUUGAGCAAAACACAGCUGCUUCCCUUCUGAGUCCUAGAAGUGGGAAUCCUGGCUAUAUUGUUGGGAAGCCACUCUUGGCUUUAACUGGUGAUGUAAGUCACUCGAUGACCCUCUUGCAGAGUCAGGGUGAUGGAACCUGCUCUGCUAAGAGACAUAGAGUACAGUUUGGAGUGAAUGCAAUCUCUGGAUGCAAGCUCAGGUUGAGGAAGGCAGACUGUAGCCACUUGCAGCAGGAGAUUUAUCAGAUUCUUCAUGGAAGGCCCAGACCAGAACAUGUCGCCAUUUUUGGUAACGCUGACCCAGCACAGAAAGGACAGUGGACCAGGAUCCUCAGCAGGAAUUGCAAUGUUUUGGCUGUGAAUUGUACGUCCUGCUGUUUCAUACCAGUUUCCUUGGAGAUCCAGGUAUUGUGGGCAUAUAUAGGCCUCCAGUCCAACCCACAGGCUCAUGUGUCAGGAGCCCGAUUCCUGUACCAAUGCCAGUCUGUACAGGAUUCCCAGCUACGCACAGAAGUAUCUUUGACAACUCUUGUGACCUUUGUGGACAUUACUCAGAAGCCAGAGCCUCCGAGGGGCCAGCCCAGAAUGGACUGGAAAUUGCCAUUCGACUUCUUCUUUCCCUUCAAAGUGGCAUUCAGCAGAGGAGUAGACUCUCAAAAAGGCUCAGUCUUUCCCAUCCUUAUACUGUGUCUCUUACUACUUGGGGUUCUCAGCCUAGACACUAAGUGAAGAAAGGAGAAAACUCACUUCAAUUCUCCCCAUGGGAAGCUCUGAGGUAGCCUACUUAUCAUGGCUAAACAGAUUCUCACCUGCUCGUUAGCUGAGGCGAGCAUUUAAGAAAAUAGAAGAUCUAAAGGAAGGAAUCUUUGUAGGAGGUAUUUAGAAAAGCAGUAAAAGUACUUUAUUCUUUAUGGGUCUCUGCUUAGGGCUCUUCAGGCCAGCAGCAGUGCAUCUUCUCAACCAGGGAAGACAAAGAGCCCUUCCUCCAGCCCUUCCAGUUGUGUUGUACCUGACUAAAGGUUUGGCAUGUCUUCAUCCAUCUGCUCACAGGCACACUCGGGCCCUGCACAAAAAGGAACAUGUUCAUGCUGCCAGGCAGGGUGAGCUCCGGAAUAGCUGCCCUCUGGACCUGAGAGAAGCUGACUAUUCAGAACUGAAAACUGUUGGCUAUGUAUUUUGUCUGGCUCUUCGCCACGCCCUGGGCCAUACCCUUUACCCA